GCACUCAUGACAUGCAUCAAACUAGAGAUCAUGACAGCAAUCAAGGUCAUAUGGGACACCGGAAGGUUUCCGAACUUCUUCGAGAUGCUUGGGUUCAGCGACUUAGCAGUACUAGCCAGCACAUGGGACAAGGGAGCAGAGAUUUUCCAGAACGAUCUGAGGGAAUUAGCAGAGAGGCUAGAGAGGAGCAAAGUAGAAUACAGUAGAGAAUCCCGAGAGCUACCGGGAAGGACCGCCAACGUCGAGAGUCUCUUUCUCAGAAUCUGGGGCCUGAGCGAUGCACAUGUUAGAGGCGUAGCCACACCCAGAGCACGAAGGUCACGCAGUGCAACGCAGCAUGCUCAACCUCUUGGGAUCCAGGCGCUAGAAAUCAGGCAAGAAGAGUUGGAAGAAAUGGAGCAAGUGCUAGCAGCAAUCAACGCCACAGCAGCAGGGAGAAUCUCCCCACCGAGGAGGAUAAGGCGUUUUACGGCUGCAGAUCCCGGAGCCCAGUUCACAGCAUUCGCACCCGUAGCAUCAGAGAGAUGGGUUGAGCACACGUGCGUAGCCUUUAGACACGCCAUAUGGAGAAUGGACACGUUCAACCACCUCUCACCAAUGUCCAUCAAAGCACUCCAGUUCAUCGCCGGGAUUACGGAUGAGGAAGCCAUGAAAUGCCAGGAGAUCGCACUGGACGGAGAACUUGAGCACGUAGGUAGAAUGA